GUUCACUGAAGGGUGACACAGGGUGAACAACAGACACUCAGAUUCACUGACAUUGUCCUUUCAGUGUGUCCAGCUAGUGAAGCGAAAGGUGAACAACUACAACUCUGCUGCCUCCACCUGCCGAUGCUCCACAUAACGAACCUUCACCCAGGGACUAAAUGGCUUCCAGAUUAGAGGAGAAUCUCUGCUGUCCGAUCUGUAAAGACGUCUUCAGAGAUCCUGUCAUUCUGUCAUGUAGCCACAGCUUAUGUAAAGACUGUUUGAAGAGAUGGUGGCAAGAGAAAGGAAUACCAGAGUGUCCAGUUUGUAAAAUAUUUUCAACAGUAGAACCACCUCGUAACCUGGUGUUAAAGAACCUAUGUGAUGACUUCUUACAGGUGAGAGUUCAGAGCUCUUUACAGGCUCUCUGCACUCUGCACUCUGAGAGACUCACACUCUUCUGUCUGGACCAUCAGCAGCCAGUGUGUCUCGUUUGCAGAGAUUCAGAAAAACACACUGACCACAGGUUCAGACCCAUCAGUGAAGCUGCACCACAACACAAGAAGAGGCUUCAGGAAACUCUGGAACUCUUAAAGAAGAAGUUAAGGUGUCUUGAACAUGUCAAAGUGAAGUUUGACCAAACAGUGGAACACAUUAAGGUCCAGGCCCGAUGCACAGAGAGGGAAAUUCAGGAGCAGUUUAAGAAGCUUCACCAGUUUCUAGAAGAGGAAGAGGUGGCCAGGAUGACUGCACUGUGGGGCGAAGAGGAGCAGAAGUGUCAGAUGAUGAAGGAGAACAUGGAGGCUCUGAGCAAAGAGACAGCAGCUCUUUCAGACACAGUCAGAGUCACAGAGGACAAGUUGAGAGCUGAAGAUGUCUCGUUCCUGCUCAACUACAAGGCUGCAGUAGAGAGAGUCCAUCAGCGCCCCCUGCUGGAUGAUCCACAGCUGCCCUCAGGAGCUCUGAUAGAUGAGGCCAAACACCUGGGCAACUUGACCUUCAACAUCUGGAACAAGAUGAAGGACAUGGUGUCCUACAGUCCUGUGGUUCUGGACCCAAACACUGCUCAUCCAGGACUCAUCCUGUCUGAAGACCUGACCAGUGUGAGACGAGGAGAGGAACAGCAGCUUCCUGACAAUCCAGAGAGGUUAAAUUAUUACUGGUCUGUCCAGGGCUCUGAGGGUUUCAACUCAGGGAGUCACAGCUCGGACGUCCAAGUCGGAGAGAGUACAUACUGGACACUGGGUGUGAGAGCAGAGUGUGUCCAGCGGAAGGGCGUCAUGCUGCCUGGAUUAUGGAGAAUUGAGUUCUGUGAAGGUAACUACUUUGCAUUUUCAUCUUCAGAUCAAGUCUCUGAUCUCCCAGUGAAGAAGAAGAUCCAGAGGAUAAGAGUGAAUCUGGACUGGAACCAAGGAAAACUUUCCUUCUCCAAUCUGGAUACAAACACACACAUACACACCUUCACACACACUUUCACUGAGAAGAUGUUUCCAUACAUUAACACUGGGGAUCCCCUCCCAGUGAAGCUGUUACCAGUGAAACUCUGGAUCUCUUCCCAGUGAAGCUGUUACCAGUGAAACUCUGGAUCUCUUCCCAGUGAAACUCUGGAUCUCUUCCCAGUGAAGCUGUUACCAGUGAAACUCUUUAUAUUUGUUUGCUAUUUUGCCUAUAUUUGUAAAUUCUUUUAAAUUCUUUUUUAAUUUGUGUGGAGCCAUGAAGUCGAACAAACUGAUUAAGAUCCACGUUUAAAAAUAUCAAUAACUACCUGUUUGAACAGCCAAUCAUUGUUGACGUGUAACAAACUUAAUCAAAAACUUCUUGUCCAGUUAAUAAAGUUUACAAAAAUGAAACCUGAUUCAUGUUCAAUCACAUAUAAUCUAUACAUAUGAUAUCAUCCAACAUAUAUGAUCAUUUUUCUGUCUGAUGUGAUGAUUCUGUCUGUGAACAUAUUUUCUUUCAUCAGCAAAAAAAACAAGUCAACAUAUAAAUUCAUCAUAAAUGCUGAAUGUGAAUUGAUUCUGGUUUUUCAUCAACAUAAUAAAAUAUUGUCUUGA